GAGAAGCUUUUCUUCACAGCAACUGCCCACGAUAUAUGUAUACCCAGAGGAUUACAACGCCGGAGCUUUCAGAUUCAAUCACUCUAAUUUCAACCUUAAUAGCUUACAAGACGGUUUGAUUUACUUUGUCCUGCAUCCUAACUAUGGUCACGCCAAAGUAAUUACCGUGAGUAAAGAAAUUACAACUUUAUACCAAAGUGAUAAGGCUGUAAAUAAGUUGUAGUGGUAAUUAAGUCCGAUUGACGAGGCGAACUUUUUGCUUUACACAGGUAAAAAUAUCUUCGGCAGUCUCAGUCGGGUUGAGACGCGGCCGCGUACGCGUCACUGAUUUAAAAAGUUAGCGUUCUAAGUUUAAAAAUUACAAACAAUUCUAACAAUUUUUAGCAAAUUUUAGGUUAUGUUUCAAAAAGUAAAGUGAGUUAUAGUGGUUCCUUUUACAAAAUGGAGUUUUAAAACUGUUUUUCAGUCAUAUAGUGUUUCGAAACAGGAUUUUCGUGACAUAAUUUAAUGCCGCGAUGUCGCUGCCGGAUCUGACGUCAGCUCGUAGCUCGCCGACGCCCCCGUGUCCCGAGUGCGACACCAGCGCCUCUGUCACUUCCGAUUUGCACAAGUACCAAGUAGCUUGCACAUGCAAGCCCUCAGCUGCGUACGCGCGGGCAGACGACCCCGGCCCCCCGCCGCCCGCCAAGCCGGACACCCCACCAGCUUUACCACCACGACCACCGACCAACCUGCUCACUGGUCGACGAAACAAUGCGGCCGUCAACUGCGCCACUACCGCUCCCUGCCGCCGCCACAAGUACGCGUGGUGGUGCGUCGGGUGCGGAGCCCUGGCCGCAGCCCUGGGGGGCCUGCUAGCGCUGCAGCACAUCAUAGUGCGAGUCUACACCGCGUCCCCGCAGCAUUUUGAAACUGUGCCCGCUGCGGUACCAGCUGCUAUGCUGGUGCUAACCGGCGUGUGUAUAAUGAGCCUCGCCCGCCGCCGCAACCGAUACAGCUAUAUGGUAAGAAAAAUCAAAGUAGUCGGCGCUUGCUGCCUAGCCUGCGCCUUGACAUGUGUUCUGGUCACCAUCACCACGACAUACAUACAUAUGAACAAGCUCCAAAAACUGAAAAACUGCGAAUACACUAAGAAGGCGAGGGCGUGUACCUGUUUCUCGACACGCCCGGACACCGUACACGUCGGCAAGGAAGAUGAGCUCCGUUGCGUGUUCGAGGGCGUGUCAAGUUGCCAGGUGGUGCACGGCCCGUUGCUGAUAUGUCUCCGCGGUGUCUUCGGUCUGUCCGUGUGUGCUGUGCUCGUCUGCAUGUUCAGCUCUAUGCUCGCUUACCAGUUAUUACGACAUGAACGCAAGAAGAUGUACUGGGAACAGCUGGAACUCCGUUGCCGUUCCUUAUACCGUCCACCUACAGGUCAACAGCCACAGCCUAGGGCCAUCCAGCCAAGUUGCAGCUGCUGCGCUCAGUGCCACCCCACGCAACCCGCCUGGGACAUCAGCCUGCAGCACAGGUUCUGGGCGCCUGGUCGCAUAGGAAACCUGUAUUCACCAAACCCUGGUACUGUGAGAAAGACUUCAGCUUGGAGUUGGUUCCCGUGGCCUCGGAGCAACAGCCAAAACUCUCGCUGCCGCAUGGGGGUCCCUCAAUCCGGAGACAGUGCCUACGGGUUCUGCGAGACGGAAACCCCAACCAACCCCCAAGGCUUCGAGGAACGGUUCCCGGCCAACUUCCAGACCUUCCAGAGGAACCAAGCUGGCUUCCAAAGCUCUGGGACCUUCCAGAACUAUCCAGCUCAGAUCCAACAGGCAUAUCAAGGACAAUAUCAGGUUAGUAAGAUAACCAACCCUCAGGACUUCUAAGAAAGGAUCCCGGUCUACUUCCAGACCUUCCAGAGGAACCAAGCUGGCUUCCAAAGCUCUGGGACCUUCCAGAACUAUCCAGCUCAGAUGCAACAGGCAUAUCAAGGACAAUAUCAGGUGGAAGGAUUUGGGGAAGCCAGCGGCAGUUUCGACGCCCAAACUGGAGUGUGGGGUCCACCGCCGCCGUACAGCCCUCAGGGGCGGAGCGGCAGUCGCCACCAUCUCCACCAAGACCCGGCCGCCGCCACCCUUCUCCACCACCACCACAUCGACGUCCACCGAAACUCCACCCACGAGCACCACAUGCCCCACACGUGCCGGAACUCCUACAUGCAGAACCCGGAUACCCGGACGGACAUGAGAGAGCGACCCAACGACCCAAGGAUACCUAAUGAGCUCGUGAGAAUGAACCCGGACAUAGCAAGAAUCAAUCCGGACAUGAUCCGGAUAAAUCCGGACAUGGCGAGAAUCAAUCCGGAAAUCAUAAGAAACCAGGAAAUAGCUAGAAUCAAUCCGGAGCUCAUUAGAAAUCAAGAAGUUAGGAUGAAUCCUAUAAAUUCGGAUAUUAGGAUGAAUCCGGAUAUGGUCUUGAAUCCGGAUAUGAGGGAGAUGCAUUUGGCGCAGAUUUAUCCGCCGGAGGAGUUGGCUAGGCUGCAAGAGAUACACUUACCUGAUGGGAGGUUCAAUACUUUGAGAGGACAUUUGGUGCCAUAUCCGUGUCAAAGGUCGUUAGGAAUGAGUGCCGGUAAUCUGCACAGAGAUUGUCGUAUGGAAGAAAACGUCGCCAUUGAGUGCUUACAUCAAAAGAGCGCUAGUAAAGUUUCAGAUCAAAGCAGCGACUCGUGCCCUCCUAAUCCUAAACAAGGGAAAGAAAACUUGGGCUUCCAGAAUGACAAGCAUUCCCCCAUUCGGUCUUCCAUGCAAGAUUGUCAUCGCGGGAACCAGAAUGCGGAAUCCGAGGUGUAUUUCGCCGACGUGUCAAGCUGCUGCAAUGUAUCUAUAAAGGCGGAUUGCUGCAUCAACCCGAACGUAUCAGCCCUCGUUGGCACCAUCGAAAACCACCCCGAGUCCACCUCCGAGUCAGACACAGGCUCCUUUACCCUAACGCGACAACAGCGCCCCCAACCGCAGGUCGGCUCAAAACGUCGUCCCAGGCAAGAAAAACACGCAAAACAGGCAAGAGAGAACAAUUCUGUAAGACUGACAGAACAACAAAUAGAACAACUCAAUAACUCCAUGAGAAUGAUGAAUGAUUCUAGAGUCAGCGAAAGAAUGAACGAUUCUAGAAUCAGCGGAAUCAAUGAUUCUAGGAUAAGCGAACGAUUGAAUGAGUCUAGAAUUAAUGAUUCUAGGAUAAGCGAACGAUUGAAUGAGUCUAGGAUUAACGAUUCUAGAAUAAGCGGUAGCGCCAACGAUUCUAGGGUAAGCGGAGUGAUGGAGUCUAGGAUCAGCGAUAGAAUGAACGAGACGCGUUUAAGCGAGCGCUUAAACGAUUCUAGAUUAAGCGAUAGGCUUAACGAGACUAGGUUGAGCGAGCGCGCGAUAAGCGAUAGAAUGGAACGGGAGCGUGAUUCUAGAAUGAGCGGUCGUAACGAUUCCAGGGAUCGCUUGAGCGAUUCGAGAAUCGAACGAGACGAAGAUAGUCCGAAAAUGCGUCAACUCAGAAUACCAAGAUUUAGCCCUAAAUCUAACCAUCCUAGACAGUUAAGUUCAGACUCUAAUAAACCUGAGUUCUUCGCGCCUCCACCCCCAAAUCAGCCCUUAUCUCCUACAGCAGAAAAGCCAUUAUUGAAUGAAGAGAAUCAGGUGUAUUCCAACGAAGCUGAGACAGCAUGUCUCGGUCCGGACUCACAAUAUGAAAGUGUGAGAGAGGAGAAAGAUGAAAUUAAAGUGCAUCAUCACAGACAUUGCUACAGUGAUACUAAUACUAUGGACUCGGGGUGGCAGAGUGGCUCUGAGAAACAGGUCACUGAUUAG